GCAAGCAGUCAAACUACAGAAGAGGAGUAAAGAGCAAAGACUGAUUUCACCACCGGAAAAAAAAAGCACAGAAAUCGCAGAAACUAAUUCAAGAGAAGCGCUCUGAAAAUGGCUGCGGCAACCAACUUAGCAGCAUCCAAAGUUGCGGUGGCCCGGCCGGUGACUUUUGUUACCGGCAACGCCAAGAAGCUGGAAGAAGUUCGCGCCAUUCUCGGCCAAUCGAUUCCAUUUCAGUCCCUCAAGCUCGACCUUCCAGAGCUGCAAGGCGAGCCCGAAGAUAUCUCCAAGGAGAAAGCUCGCUUGGCUGCCCUCGAGGUGAAAGGACCUGUCUUGGUGGAGGACACAUGUCUUUGCUUCAAUGCUCUCAAGGGUCUCCCCGGUAUAAGCUCGAUUCCUUCGCAUUUUCGAUCAUUCCUUUUGAAUUUGAUUAAGUGGUUUCUGCAGAAGAUCGGGCAUGAAGGUCUAAAUAACAUGUUGAUGGCAUAUGAGGAUAAGUCUGCAUACGCUUUAUGUGCAUUCUCUUUUGCUCUUGGACCAGACGUGGAACCUAUAACAUUUGUUGGGAAAACCCCGGGAAAGAUUGUUCCUGCAAGGGGACCGACUGAUUUUGGAUGGGAUCCGAUAUUCCAACCUGAUGGCUUUGAGCAAACAUAUGCAGAGAUGGCUAAGGAAGAGAAGAAUAAAAUAUCUCAUCGCUACAGGGCUCUUGCCAUGGUGAAAGACCACUUUUCGGAAGCUGGCUAUGUGUUUGAUACAGAUGCCUCAACAAAAAGGAAAAGGGAGGGGGAGGAUGUUGCGAAGAAUGGAGACGAGAAUGGUGCCCACUGAAGUCCUAGAAAGAAAGGAAGGAAGGAGAGGAGGAACGGUAAGGUGUUUGUUAGUUAGGAGCCUUUUUUUGGUACACCAUCGAGUAGGGCAAAGUGGAAGCUGCUGCUUAUAUCUCUGCUUCCAAUGAGAGAGGUGAUCAAGCUGGCCGGUUGGUUUGAGUGAAGCUGCUACUUAUAUCGGUAGUUAAGAGGGAUCAUGGUAUAUGGGCAAAUUAACCACAUGUUUGGUAAUUGUUACUCUAUAAUAUGAUGAACUAGAAGCAACAACAACCUCCUGGUCUUCCCUUCUGAAGAGCAAAUACCAAAGCCCAAAUCGAAGGAUAAGCACUUUUUUUAUCAAUGGGUGGCACUGUUUCAAACCGAUGAAAAAUAUAUAGUAAUAAUUUGGGUAAUGA